GCACAAACGGCAGGGGUUUUGUGUCAAAGCAUUGCCAGUACGAACAAAAUCGUGUCUUGUGGUCGGUGACUGCAGUACAGUCCCCCCAAAAUACCUCGAUCUACCUAUAGCGAACUAACGCUAUAGAUCUACCUUACAUGUCUCGGGUCUAUGCAUUGACCAAGUGGGUGUAACGCUGAUUUGACCAGAGCGGGCAGUUUUGUAUAUGAAAGAAGUUAUCAGAAGGACGCCUGCGCCGAAGCUGACACUCUGAACCUCAGCAAAAAAACGGGUGAAACAUGGAAAGAAGGGUACUUGCUCUCAAGGCGCGGAAGCAGAGAACCAAACCGCGAAAGCCCGGCAAAAAACCUGACCACCCGCGGGGAGCGUCCCAGCAGCCUGACUCCCCCCUCCCAGAGCAGGACGAGGUCCUGGGCUCCGAUGACGAGGAGCAGGAGGACCCCAACGACUACUGCAAGGGUGGAUAUCACCAGGUGAAGAUUGGUGACCUGUUCAACGGGCGCUACCAUGUGAUCCGCAAGCUGGGCUGGGGCCACUUCUCCACCGUGUGGCUGGCCUGGGACGUCCAGGGGAAGCGGUUUGUGGCUCUGAAGGUGGUAAAGAGCGCUGAACACUACACAGAGACGGCCCUCGACGAGAUCAAGCUGCUGCGCUCAGUACGGAACAGUGACAUCAACGACCCCAGCCGAGAGAAGGUGGUGCAGCUGCUUGACGACUUCAAGAUCUCCGGCGUUAACGGCACCCAUGUGUGUAUGGUGUUUGAAGUCCUCGGCCACCACCUGCUGAAGUGGAUCAUUAAGUCCAAUUACCAGGGUCUGCCUCUGGCCUGUGUGAAGAGCAUCAUUCGACAGGUUCUUCAGGGCCUAGACUACCUGCACACUAAGUGUAAGAUCAUCCACACGGACAUCAAGCCGGAGAACAUCCUGCUGAGCGUGGACGAAUCGUACGUCAGACGGCUGGCUGCUGAGGCAACCGAAUGGCAACGUACAGGAGGUCCGCCCCCAUCAGCGUCUGCAGUGAGCACAGCACCAGCUCAAAGACAACCCCAGAAGAUGUCUAAGAACAGGAAGAAGAAGCUGAAGAAGAAGCAGAAGAAGCAGGCGGAGCUGCUGGAGAAGCGGAUUCAGGAGCUGGAGGAGCAGGAGCUCCCCCUAGAGCCCGGGGAGGAAGACGAGGAGGACGAAGACACAGACGCUCCUGACAGGGCUCCCUCUGUCACACCCCCCGACCAGCACCCCUCUCACAUGCCCAGCGGGGAGUGUGUGAGCGAGGUGUGGCAGCAGCCUCAAGAGCAAGAGUCUGUGAUGGACGUCACCUGCAACGGGCACGUCGUGGAGGACCUGAAAGAGAGCACCCCCCUGCAGGGGCACACGCCUGACGCAGAGGACGACGAGGAAGAACCUCAGAACCCUUAUGCUGACAACUGCAGCGUUGCCACGGAGACCCAUCCCCACUCUGACUACGCGGCCUGCAAUGGCAGCGCUCCCGUCGCCAUGGCGAUGCCCAGUGAGCCUAGCGAUCUGCCCGGGGACCAGGCGUGCGGCGGCUCAGAUGCUAAGCUGCCUCCGUGUGGACUGCUGGUGAACCCCCUGGACCCUCUGAAUGCAGAUCAGAUCCAGGUGAAGAUCGCUGACCUGGGCAACGCCUGCUGGUUGCACAAGCACUUCACAGACGACAUCCAGACGAGGCAGUACCGGUGUCUGGAGGUUCUGAUCGGAGCGGGCUACAGUACCCCUGCGGACAUCUGGAGCACGGCCUGCAUGGCGUUUGAGUUGGCGACUGGAGACUACCUGUUUGAGCCUCACUCUGGGGAAGACUACUCCAGAGAUGAAGAUCAUAUCGCUCUGAUCAUCGAGCUCCUGGGGAAGGUUCCACGCAAACUCAUCCUGAAUGGCAAAUAUUCCAAAGAGUUCUUCAACAAGAAAGGUGAGCUGAGGCACAUCAGUAAGCUGAAGCCGUGGGGUCUGAUGUCGGUGCUCCUGGAGAAGUACGAGUGGCAGCGCGAGGAGGCGCAGACCUUCGCCAGCUUCCUGAUGCCCAUGCUGGACCUGGUGUCAGAGAAGCGUGCCACCGCCGCCGAAUGUCUGCGCCACCCCUGGCUCGCCUCCUAGUGGCCAGAGACCGCCACUGCACAAAGCAAUGAGAAACCUGCAUUCUGACACCCACUGGGGUGUUGACAUGCAUAUCCAAGCACAGACACGCACACACACACACACACAUUCAUAUGUUUAGACACACACAUUCAAACACACACACACACACACCCUUGAAAUAACCAUGAUGUAACCAGAUGGUGACGACUGCACCACACCGAGGUCCAACUAAUCAGAUUUAAUAUCUAUUUAUUUCUGAUGUUUCUCUUCUGUUUGUUUGUUUGUUUUUGUUUGUUGUUUAAUGGAGUUUACUUGACUUUCAGCUCUUAGUCUGUGGUUGGCUUCUCUUGUCUUUAGGGUGUAAGAGCAGUCUUAGGCUGCAGCACAAGCCCCAGAGGCCGCUUUCUCUUCCUGGGCCGCGUCAGUGCUGCGUGUCAGUGGUGCGCGUCAGUGGUGCACUCUCCCAGCAGUGCGUUCCUCCACCUCUCGCUUGGCCUCCUGGGCUCACUCAUCAGCACCUCUGUAUCUUCAUCAGCAUCAUCAUCAUCAGUGGUAUUUCUCAUCAUCACUCUCAGGUUUGAUCUCUGGAGAGAUUAGCGACAAAAAAACAUUAAUAAAAAUAUAAAUAAAAGAUGUAACUAGACGGAGACAAAUGAAUGAAGAAUCUCCCAGAGGAGCUUUAAGGACCUCCUCCUCCUCCUCCUCCUCCUCCUCCUCAUUGAGACGUGAAGUGGCCUCUUAGCUUGGAGAACAGAGAGAGAGGGAGGAAGCGUGUGUGUGUGCCCUCCUAAAGCACAGAGAGAAAGCCUGCGUGUGUGGUGUGUGUGUGUGUGUGUGUGUGUGUAGGGUGUAGCGUCUUCUCUAAAGCCAGACAGUUUUAACUGGACUGAAUGAUGUUAAACGGCGCCAUCAGUCACGUCUCUUAAGUGGCUCCAGAGCGGACCUCUUCUCGAUCCGCUCCAGCCCCGGGCUCGAUGGAUCUGCCUGAGUGAGCUGCUGUCUCAGAACCGCGUGGGUCCGAUGGAUCUGCCUGAGUGAGCUUUUGUUUGAGAACCACGUGGGCCCUCGUCAGACGCAAAAGGAAGGAGGCGCGUCCCUCCUCGUGCCCUCUUCUCUCCGAUCACUAGAGCGCGUCCCUCAUGGACGCCAGCAUGGCUCGCGGGUCGCUUACCUGCCCUGCAACAAUGUGAAGAGUGAACGAUGAUUUCUCACGUUUUUGUUUCCCGGCUCGGCAGCCGGUCGUAUUAUCAUGACUAAACCACAGCGUUGUACAUAGCCGUACCAAAGAGAUGGCCUUCUUCUGUGGGGUAGAGAUCAGCCGUGUACAGUUUCGGGGCGGGGCGGGGGGGGGUAGCUCAUUCAUGGAGAGUCCUGGGAAGGAGAGACCCAGUUAGCCGUUAACUGUGGACAGGAACUGGUUCUGGUGCUGGUGCGCGUCAGUGCCAGGGCAGGGUCCGGUCGGGGUCUGGGUCUACCGGGGACAUGACAGUAGCUCUUAUGGAAAUGCCUUGACUUGGAUCUGCAAGAGUUUUUCUAGACUUUUCUCUGCUUUUUUUUUUUUAAAGUUCUUUUCAGACCAGCGUGGCUGUACUCCGUGACGAGGAUCCGCAAUGUAGUAGAGGAGGCAGAAACUAGGAACUUUUUUGGGGAGGGGGGGGGGGGGGUGUAAAAGGAUCGCCGGAUCCUGUUCAGUCUGCUUGCUUCUGCCUGCUUUCUCUUUUCUCUCUUCCUUGGCUUCCGUUCUCUGCCUUUGAUUGUCCACUGCUCUGCUAAAAAAAUAAUUCAACCCUUUUAUGUUGUUACUGCAAAUAAAGACUGUGAAAUGGC